CAAAUCUCCACCUACCCCUUCUUUAUAUUCCACACUUGUGAACAAACCAACCCAACCUACCAUUUCUCCCCAUGGCUCUCCUCCUGCUCGCUGCAUCCUCCCUCCUCAUUCUCGCAGCUCUCUACACCAUAUAUCAACGGCUGAGAUUCAAUCUCCCUCCCGGCCCUCGCCCCCUCCCCAUCGUCGGGAAUCUCUACGACAUCACGCCACUCAAGUUCCGCUGCUUUGCUGAUCUUGCCAAAGUCUACGGCCCCAUCUUUUGUCUGCGCCUCGACUCGAGGCUUAACGUUGUUGUGACAACGAGUGAGCUGGCUAAGGAAGUGUUGAAGGAGAAUGAUCAGCAGUUGGCGGAUAGGCACAGGAACAAAGCUACUGAUAUUUUUAGUAGAGGAGGGAGUGAUUUGAUUUGGGCCGAUUAUGGGCCUCAUUAUGUGAAGGUGAGGAAGGUUUGUAAUCUGGAGCUUUUUACUCCCAAGAGACUGGAAGGUUUGAGGCCUAUUAGGGAAGAUGAAGUCACUGCGAUGGUUGAGUCCAUUUUCAAGGACUGCACUGCUUCUGAUAAGCAGGGGAAGAGUUUGCUGCUAAGGCCUUAUUUAGGAUCAGUAGCGUUUAACAACAUAACAAGACUGUCAUUUGGGAAAAGGUUUGUGAACGCGGCAGGUGGGAUUGAUGAGCAAGGACAAGAAUUCAAGGGAAUUGUUUCUAAUGGUAUUAAGAUUGGUGCUAAAGUGUUCAUGGGAGAGUAUGUGCCAUGGCUUCGCUGGAUGUUCGCAGGAGAAAAUGAUGUACUUAACCAGCACGAAGCUCGUCGGGCACGCCUUACAAAGCAGAUCAUGGCAGAACAUACUCUUGCACGCAACAAAACUGGUGGUGCUAAAGAUCAUUUUGUUGAUGCUUUGCUUACUCUUCAAAAACAGUAUGAUCUCAGUGAUGACACUGUUAUCACUCUUCUAUGGGACAUGAUCACUGCAGGAAUGGACACAACUUCAAUCUCAGCAGAAUGGGCAAUGGCGGAGCUAGUCAAGAACCCAAGGGUACAGAGGAAGGCCCAAGAGGAGCUAGACCGGGUAAUCGGGUCAGACCGGAUUAUGACUGAGGCUGACUUCUCCAAGCUCCCUUACCUGCAAUGUGUAGCCAAGGAAGCACUAAGAUUGCACCCUCCCACCCCUAUGAUGCUCCCUCACAAAGCCAGUGCCAAUACCAAACUCGGAGGCUACGACAUCCCUAAAGGGUCCAUCGUGCACGUUAAUGUAUGGGCUAUUGCCCGUGACCCUGCAUUGUGGAAGGACCCUCUCGAGUUCUGGCCUGAAAGAUUCUUGGAACAAGAUGUUGACAUGAAAGGCCACGAUUUUCGACUACUUCCAUUUGGUGCUGGGAGGCGAAUUUGCCCUGGUGCUCAGCUUGCCAUAAACUUGGUGACAUCUAUGUUGGGACAUCUUUUGCACCAUUUUACUUGGACUCCGCCAGAAGGUGUGAAGCCAGAGGAAGUUGACAUGACAGAGAACCCUGGAAUGGUGACCUAUAUGAAAACACCAGUGCAAGCUGUUGCUACUCCUAGAUUGGCAGCAGAGUUAUACAAGCGAGUGCCUCUGGACAUUUAGUAACAAGUUUUGUGUUCCAUGAUUAGGCAAUUCAUAUCCACAUGUUAUGUAUUUUGGUGCUUUCUUCUUAAGAUGCAUCGGCUAAUAUCGAUUACAAUAAAUUUUACUGUAUCUAAGUGUGUAGCAAUAUUCUUUUCUAUGACAUCUUACAGUCUAAAAGCGA